CUACUCGUCCCAUUGCCACACCGCACAAUCAUCUCACAUUCUCAGUAACUCCAUCUGCAAAACGACGCCGUAAGCUUCGAAGAUGUCUGGCCGUGGAAAGGGAGGCAAGGGCCUGGGCAAGGGCGGAGCCAAACGGCAUCGUAAGGUCCUUAGAGACAACAUCCAGGGCAUCACCAAGCCUGCGAUUCGAAGGCUCGCCAGAAGAGGAGGCGUGAAGAGAAUCAGCGGCCUCAUCUACGAAGAGACCAGAGGUGUUCUCAAGAUCUUCUUGGAGAACGUGAUUCGCGACGCCGUGACCUACACCGAGCACGCUCGGAGGAAGACGGUGACCGCCAUGGAUGUCGUCUACGCGCUCAAGAGGCAGGGUAGGACCUUGUACGGAUUCGGGGGUUAAUUUUGUAAAUUCAGGGAUCGAAUAUAAACGGUCCAGAUUCGGCCUUGUAGCUUUUCGCUAUAAUUCGAAAUCCUAGUAUCUUUUCUUUGUUUGCA